UAGUGUAGUGUACAGCAGGCAGCGAAGGAGGUUGGUCGGUCGUCGGUUGGUCUUGUUACUUUUGCUUGGAGAGUGAAUCGUCGUUGUUCGUCGAUCGAAUCGAGACUCGAGCGAGGUAAUCAUCAGCAGAGCUGCCGAGCAGUGUUCAAUGUAUGACGGCAGGAGUGAGAGAACGAAAGCCAAAGUGCUAGGUUGUGUGUGCUUUUGCUGCUGCCAGUGGAAGAAAUUGAUCGAAAGGGAAAAAAAUCGUGUGGAAAAAGUUCGAAAAAAAAGGAGUGGAAAAUUGAUAGGCAUUUUAAAGUUCUGACCAGUUUAGUGUGUCCGUCGUCCGGGAUUACUUUUUCACGGCAGAGCUUUCUGGUGCGGUGCCUGACCCAUAGCAUACUGCGUGUGAUGUUUAAGAAGCAUCGUGAAAAAUCGCAUUAAGCAGCCAAAAUUAUCAAAGUAGCUGAACAUUUCGCGUUCGAUCGGUCUCGCGGUCAAAUUCCGGACUGUCAAUUGACCGUGUGGAGCGCACACGGUCGGAGCGGUAUAAAAACAAGUGCAGUCUAGGUUGGGCGCAUAGCACCGGAAUAUCUAAUAAUGUCUGAUAAAGUGUCCAUAUCGCCGUCCAAAAGUCGCAGGCAAUUACGCGAACGGAAACAACGUAAACUGUACUCGGAGGAGUGGACCCUCGGUGACGAUGAUUACGAGGGAGCGCGCGGAUUCAGCGUCGCCGAGAAGCUAGAAUCGGCUCGUUUCGCGCAGUCCGGAAUGGUGCGCGAGAUGAAAGGCAGCGAUCUCACCGUCGGUUUUCUCCAGCAGUACGGCUUCAACAUCCCGCUGCUGUUCAAGGAGAAAACCGGUCUCGGACUGCAAGUGCCAUCUGCCAACUUCACCAUCAACGACGUGCGAAUGUGCGUCGGUUCCCGGCGCAUCCUGGACGUGAUGGAUGUGAACACGCAGAAGAAUGUCGAAAUGACCAUGAAGGAGUGGGAACGGUAUUACGCCGAUCCCAACAAGAAGAAGUUACUGAACGUGAUAUCGCUGGAAUUCUCCCACACCAAGCUGGAGAACUACGUGCAAAGUCCGCAUAUUGUGCGCCAGGUCGACUGGGUCGAUGUGGUUUGGCCGAAGCAAUUGAAGGAGUCCCAGAUCGAGUCGACCAAUGUGGUGAGCGAGAUGAUGUACCCGAAAGUGCAAAAGUAUUGUCUGAUGUCGGUGAAAAAUUGUUAUACGGAUUUCCAUGUGGAUUUCGGUGGGACGUCUGUGUGGUAUCAUAUCCUAAAAGGUAGUAAAGUGUUUUGGUUAAUUCCACCGACGGAGAAGAACUUACUGUUGUAUGAAAAGUGGGUGCUGUCCGGGAAGCAGUCGGAAGUGUUUUUCGGUGAUGCUGUUGAAAAAUGUGCUAGAGUGUAUCUCACUGCCGGAAACACGUUCUUCAUUCCAACCGGUUGGAUCCAUGCAGUUUACACACCGACCGAUUCGUUGGUGUUUGGCGGUAAUUUUCUUCAUUCCUUUGGAAUUGUGAAGCAGCUCAAAAUCGCACAAGUGGAAGAUAACACCAAGGUUCCACAAAAGUUCCGAUACCCAUUCUUCACCGAAAUGCUGUGGUAUGUGUUGGCCAAGUAUGUAUAUACCUUAUUAGGGCACUCACAUCUCGAGGGUGAGCCUGGUCGUGAAGCGGAACUGGUCGGUAAAUCGCACGUACAUUUAACUCACUACGAACUGUUCGGACUGAAAGAAAUUGUAAUGUACUUGUACGAUCUGCCACCACAGAAGAAAAACGUUCCCGAUCUGAUUAAGGAUCCGGUGGCACUGAUCAAGGAUGUUCGAACGCUUGUCGAACGUCACUGUAAGGACAUUCCCGAGCAGGCAAUUACCGGAAUCCCGGUACUUCACCCUGAUCUCAACAAGAGCAAUAAUCCAUACCUUCGUGAGCGUUACGAAUACUACACGGGCGAGGGAGUAAAAACGCCUGGUAUGCUCGAGGAUGAAGGUGAAGGUUCACAAGCCAGCCAGGAAGAAAAUACACAAGAUUCGAUGGUCACUCCACCGGAUCAAAGGUUAGCACAUUCUACGUCACCGAUGGAAAGCAGCAACGCGGCACCCCAGCUGAAUGUCAGUCAGGAUGAUCAGCACCCGAACAGCAACGGUAGCACUAUGGCCGCACCAUCCAAUCAGCAUGACGACGAUCGUAAUUUUGUAUCGCCGCAGCCAACCCGCCCGGGUGGUGGAGGCAUUCGUGGCCCCUACAAGAAAAAUAGUGGUAAUGUUGGCGGUGGUGUAGGUAUGGGUGGUGGCCGAUCUAGUGCAGAAAAACGUGACGGAAAUGGUCCUAGGCGGAGACGAACUCGCUGCAAGAACUGUGAGGCUUGUCAGCGGUCGGAUUGCGGUGAAUGUAGUUUUUGUCUGGACAUGGUGAAGUUUGGAGGGCCAGGACGGGCAAAGCAAACCUGCAUGAUGCGGCAGUGUUUGCAACCGAUGCUACCGGUAACUGCGCAAUGUAUUCACUGCCAUCUGGACGGUUGGAGACAGGCUCCAAUUACUGCGCCGGCGCAGGCGAAACUGCAAGCACAAAUGCAGGAAGGACCUUCAUCGCUGAUGGAGUGUUCGGUCUGUUAUGAAAUUUCCCACCCGGAUUGUGCUCAGCGGCUGGCUCCAGAGAUCGGUGGUAUCGUAAACGAGGAUCUUCCGAACAGUUGGGAGUGUCCGAGCUGCUGCAAGUCGGGAAAGAACACGGAUUAUAGGCCCCGCCACUUUCGCGCACGGCAAAAGUCGUCCGAGAUCCGUCGGAUGUCGGUCAGUAGUGAUGCUUCGUCGGCUCACAAUGCGGACAUUGGCCGGAUAGGUGGUACCGUGAUACAGCAAGCCGUGAGUAGUACCGCUACGGGAGGUGUGCACGGAACCGGCGAGAUGCCCAGCGGAUCACCAGUUGUGGCGCCACGUUUCCAAAACGAUAUGCUGUACGAUUUCACCUCGACGGGUAAUGCGGUCAUCGUCGGUGGCAACGGUGGUAAUAUCCUGCUGGAGAGGAAACCGAAGAUUAAGGAUGAGGAUAUGUCCAGUGGUUCGGAGCAUGAUCAGCACCAACCAAAGCAGGCGAUGGGUGGUGGGUUGGUGAUGCCGUCGAGUAGUUUGCCUGUUAAGAUGGAGUUAAAGGAAGAACCUAUGGAAGCGGGUCACAGUAGUGGUUUGGUUGGGCUGAAAAGCGGAGAUGGAACUGCCGGAGGACACCUGGUUAGUGUGAUGCAAAAAAGGCGGAAGAGUGAUGAUGGGAAUAGUAUGUGUAGUAGUAUGCAAGAUUCAGUGGACAUUAAUGAGCACAAUCACAGUUUACCGAGGAAGAAAUCGUCACUGCGGACCCAGCUGGCACAUCAAAUUCAUAGUUCGUCUACGAAACCGAUGAAGAAACCCCUCUACCCGGUACGGCCUGCUCACGUUCAUCAGCCCGUUCUGUCUCAACCUGGGAAUUAUGCUUUAGAUCCUACCUGCUUACUAGCUGUGUUUCGAUACCUGCCUCCGGAAACUUUGGUGACAUGCUCGCUUGUGUGCAAAACAUGGUCGAACAUUUCGGUAGAUUCUUCUCUGUGGAAGCGCAUGAACUGUGCUGAGUACAAGUUAACCGCUAGUCUACUUACGGCAAUCGUACGCCGUCAACCAGAGCAUUUAAUCAUGGACUGGAUUAGUUUGGGCAAGAGGCAAGUUACAUGGCUGAUCUCGAGAAUUCCUAGUCUGAAGCAUUUAUCCCUACAAGGAACACCAAUUCAGGCGGUUCUCGGACUACACACGUGCUUGUGUCCUCCGUUUCAAAUUCUCGAUCUCAGCUUUGUUGCCGGACUGAAUGAUUCAGCCAUUCGUGAAAUAUUGUCCCCACCGAAAGAUUCCCGCCCAGGUUUAGCCGAUUCCAAAUCCAGACUACGCAAUCUUAAAAUGUUGAAACUAGCCGGAACAGAUAUAUCGGACGUCGCACUACGCUACAUCACCCAAGGGCUACCCAGUCUAACUCAUCUGGAUCUGUCCUCUUGUCAGCGAAUAACUGACGCCGCCAUAGCCCAGAUCGGAACGUCCUCUGCGGCCAUAAAAACGCUAAUCGAGUUAGAUCUCAGUUGCUGCAAGCUAAUCACCGAACUGUCUCUAGACCAUUUGGCCAAGUGUGAUGCCCUAACCCGGCUAGAUCUAAGUCAUGUCCCCCAGGUGACGACACAGGCGGUCAUCAAAUUUGCAUCCACCUCGAAAAAUGACCUGCAACUUCAUGACAUCAAAUUGGUGGACAAGCGAAAAGCGACCCAGUAGAAAUGGACAAGAGCACAGCACGCUUCUUAAUCUGCACCUGCUGCCAUCUGUUUAUAGGAAGAUAUAUUUUAGGUUUGCAACCGUCCAUUUACGGAUGGAGUUGCAGUUCAGAUAGGAACAGUACACCAACUGUAAAGUUGGUAGCAUUUUCCCCACAAAUUUGUCAUCUCAUCCACAAUAAUAGUACUGAUAAGAAAUACAAGUUUACAUUGUAUAAGUGGAACGUGAUUGAGUCCGACAGAAAACAAUGCGUUUUUUCGGUUAGAAUCUAAGGUCCACAAAAAAACUGAAACCAAAGACUAUUUUAAGUUGAGAAUGUUUAGUUCUGCUUACGAUUCAUCUGGAAUUAUGCUAACAAAACACUAGCAGCUAAGGUUUAGCUUAUGUUUAAGUGAAAAGAUUUCCGUUUUUCCGCGAAAAACCGUCAGAUUAGGAUUACAGUUUGGGCGCUUUUGAAGCACGCAAAACUGUAGAUAGUUAGCUCCCUUUUGUAGUGUAAGGGAAUGAGUCGUAUUCAUGUAAGAUGCAUGUGUUGCCAACACAAAUGAGUAAUAAUAAUCGUCUGUGGAAAUAGUGAGAUAGUCUUCGCGGCUUGUAGAAUUUCUGUGUCAGUCUUUUUCCGUCUUCUAUUGUGUAUCGUCUCCUUAAUCUUGGUUUGCGCCGAAUGUCAUUUGUUCUUGUAAUUGCUUGCGACCUUGGUGGAACAAUUGACGCAUGUUACGUGUAUAUCACUAGUAAGAGAAACCGUUGUAACGUAGUGAUAGUUUAUUUUUAACUUUAUCCGUUUAGGCGAUAAUAAAAACUGAUCCCAUUUUUUUCUAAGUAACUUAAUGGCAGCAUUCGACGAAGUAAUUUGCUACAAUCAAUGUCACUUACGAAACAUUUCCCCUCACGUUCCGCGUUCAUAUGCAACAUUAGUGCGAUCUGUUUUGAGAACAAAUAGUUGAAUCCCCGAAAAAAAUCGAGUAGUGCAAAGAAAUCGUAUCCAGUGAGUACCAUGACCAACCCACAUGAAACAGAUGUUACGAGAAUUCUCUUUGCAGAGCUUCAAGAGACACUUAUUUGUAAAUAAAUUGA